UUAAAAUUAUAUUGGUAAUGAAGAUGCAUCAGGCUUAGGUUCUGCUUUAGCAAAAUGCAUUAAUCUCUCAAAUUUGACACUUGAUAUUAGUAGCAAUGAAAUUGGUGAUGAAGGUGCAUCAGGCUUAUGUUCUGCUUUAGCAAAAUGCAUUAAUCUCUCAAAUUUGACACUUGACCUUAGUCAAAAUUAAAUUGGUAAAAUGGGUGCAUCAGGAUUAGGUUCUGCUUUAGCAAAAUGCAUUAAUCUCUCAAAUUUGAUACUUGAACUUGGUUAAAAUUAUAUUGGUAAUGAAGAUGCAUCAGGCUUAGGUUCUGCUUUAGCAAAAUGCAUUAAUCUCUCAAAUUUGACACUUUAACUUCAGUAAAAACAGUUUAUUUGUUUUGGAUUGUGA